CUUCGGUGGCGUUAAUAAAAUAAAAUAAAAUAAAAUAAUCCUAUUCUGCCAUCGGACUCGCCCCAUUUCCUUUUCCGAUUCUCUCGCUCAAUUUCGCCAAUUUUCGCUGUUCGGCAGGAACAGAAAAAUCAGAUCUCUGUUUAGCUUCUCGAUUUGCUAUUCGUAAUCAAUUGAUUCUUGGUUUAGUAGGAAUUUGGUUGGAAUAUGGAUGGAGAAAUUCCCAACAUAAAGAGAUGGGUAGUGUUGUAUCCCAUCUAUAUUAAUUCAAAGAAAACAAUUGCUGAAGGAAGACGUAUAGGUGUUAGUAAAGCAUGUGAGAAUCCUACGUGUGCUGAGAUUGGGGAUUGCUGCAGUCAUCUCAAACUGCCUUUUGCCAUUGAGAUUGAUAAAGCAUAUCCUCGUGAUUUCAUGCAAAGAGGGAGAGUGCGGGUUCUGCUGAAGAAGGAGGAUGGAACUCUGUCUAAUCCAGCUAUUACUUCCAGAAAACAACUGAUGCUUCGUAUAGCCGAACUUGUUCCUAGACAUCCUGGGAGGACAAAGAAGCAGGAGCCUGCAUCAUCAUCAACGGCAGGACCUUCAAAAGGCAAGGGUGGAAGAAAGAAGAAAUAGUUACAUUAUGUAAUUGCAAGAACCAGAUUGAUAUCGACCAGGCAAGCGGUUUCGUUUUCAGGUCUUAUUUCUUAAUUCUCAACGACCUUUGACUAUUGAUGUCCUACCCUGCCCCCAUCUGAAACGAAAAACUAACACAGUGGUCUAGAAGUUUUUGUGUAGUGUCAUUGAUACUUUUUUCUUGAUGUUCGAUUCAUUGACUGAAAAAAAUAGUCACGAAAGGUAGUGGGGACUGGUAAUUAUUUUGAGUGUCAUGGAAUCUUACAUUUGGUGUAGUGUGGGUUUGUUUUGAACAAUUUUGUAAAAUAAUGGAUUAUGAAGUUUUACUGAGAUAAAGUUGCUGAUAGGAGUAAAUGAUGGUGGAUGAGAAUUAA